UGGCAAAAUGGCGGGGACGAAACGCAAGAGAUUUCAACUAAGUUCUCUGCCACCAGAAGAGAGGGAACGUCUUGCUGGUUAUAUAAAACAAUUGGGAGGAACCUUGCUUGACACACGGAUAUUUUCCCGACAAACAACACAUGUGAUAUGUGGAAAAGCAAAUCGCGGAGAAAAAUAUCUUGGUGGUUGUGCGUUAGGCAAAUGGGUGUUACAAAAGGAGUUUGUAGAAGACAGCUUUAAGCAGGGCAGUUGGCUCAAUGAAGAACAAUAUGAAUGGACCUCGUCAGUGCUUCCUGUCAGAGCUGACAAACAGCUUUCAUCCCUCCACGAUGCUCCUAGGAAGUGGCGCAUGGCAUUGCAAAACACUAAGGCAGGAGCAUAUAAAAGUUGGAAUGCAGUUGUUUACAUGCAAGAUGCUAAAAUGAAAAAGGCCUAUGAAAGGCUUUUAGAAGCUGGAAAUGCGACAGUUUAUAAGAAAAAUGUUUCAUUCCAAGAUCCAUGUGGUCUGCCUAAAGAUCUCACUCAUAUAUUUGUUGAAACAAAACUAAAACAUGAGGUCCUCCAUUUGCAAAGUCAGGGAAUUUCAAUAUGUGAACCAGAUCAUAUUCCUGAGUAUAUUAUUGCGGGUCCGAAAGAGACGUUUGCAAGCAGCAACACUUUAAUGAAAUACAAUAAUUUGGUGAACACACACACUCCUAAGAUUCCAGCCAAAACAAAGGAAAAGCCUGGAGUUCAAACAGGGAAAGAAAAUGGGUCAGCUGUUGAGUUGACAAGCAAGGAGGGUGUUUUGAAAAAAGGAGUAAAGCGUUCCACAAGUGACUGUGAUCUUUGCGUGGUUAAAAGACAAAAGACUGCAGUGAAUGGUCUACCACCUUUCGUUCAUAUUACUUCGACAGAGAAUCCCCCAACGGCGCGAAAUUUGACAUUUCCUGUGUACGUUUCAAGUAUUUUGGAAUCGUGUAUCGACGAAGAGUGUGUUGAUCUUGGUAUGGAGUCUGUGGCGUCGUGUCUGUCCAGCUAUCAAGCUCCCACCUCGAAAUGGUUGCAUAUUAUCAUCGAGCAAUUCUUACUUAACGCACCAACUCAACACCAAGCACUCCAGAGCUAUCGUUUGUUGCAGAAUAUCAUUGAGGUUCACCCCCCAACUGUGCGUCAAAAACUCUACCUCGAAGCCCUGGUUGAACCUGCGGUGGAAAAUUCACAAAACUUAAACAGCAAUAAGCCUACACCAUGGCAGUUCAUUAGCAAAGUUAUAAGAAAUUCUUUUGGCGAAAACAACACAACCGGAGAAACAAAAAGGAUGCAAAGCAACGCUGAUCUAGUUCUAACUGUCUUGGAUAAUUUGUUCAAACGCGACGCUCACGGUGGUGGGAAGCAAAGCUCUAUUAUCGUUAGCAUAUUGUGGCCAGCAUCGCCUGAUUCAGCGUGUCAAUCUAACUUGGAAAUGAAACAAUUUGUUGCCCAGUGUUUCGAAGCUACAAGACUAGCAGUUAGUGAUGAGAGUAAGCUGUUUGUCUGUCACGUGUUACUCGACUGGUUGUCCAUGGCUGUGACCUUACGAAGACGCGAUGACGUCACAGGACAUCAGGCCUGCGAUUCACUUGCACAGCAGUUAUUUAUGCAGAUAUCCAAGACCGAUUGCUACGAAGCCACGAAGCUCUUCCUACAGGGCAGUCAUUCCUCGUGGCUGAAGAUGAAAAUACUGGAAUUCAUUUUGGAUAAUUAUGAUAAACGACUGAUCCCAGCGCCUUACAAACAGCAUCUUAACAAGAUUUUGAAAUUGAAUAAAAUUGUCAACUGCUAUUUCUUUCUUCUCCCAAAUGUGAAAAACUCUGGGAAAACAGAGGUAGAAAAGCGAACUGUUACGAGAAGAAAGAAUAGAAAAGGGGAAAGUUCACUUCAUGUUGCUUGUAUCCGAAACGACCCUGCAAAGGUUGAAGAGAUUUUAAAGUUGGAAACUGUUGACGUUAACGAGACAGAUAACGCUGGGUGGACUGCUCUGCACGAGGCCUGUAACCGCGGCCAUCUUCGAUGUGUUAAGAAAAUUUUACGAUAUCAUGAGAAGACAAACAAGGUGAACUUACUGGCGUGUCCGGCCCAUGGUGUGACGGUUCUCCACGAUGCUGUGCUUAAUAACCAUCUUCCUGUAGUGAAACUUCUCACUCAAGCUGGCGGUUUGAAUCUUCUACAAGCAAAAACCAAAAGAGGAAUGACGGCCUUGCAACUUGCUCGAAGUGAUGAAAUAUUGUCGUGUAUCACGUCCGAGUUAAACACGCUGCAAAGCCAAAGAGCUUGUGAUCAAAUCCACGGCGACACCCUACGACCAUUACCGGACGCGUACGGACAGGUUUUAUCCAAAAACAAACGAAAAAAUUACAUCUCUUUAGCGGAAUGCGAGAAAUACUUAUUCUAUAUAUCACAAUUGGUUGAAGUUUACCUCAGAGAAAACAACGUUAUGGAAUCAACAUGUAUGAUGAAAAAUGGCGUGAAGUUUUGCCCGAAGUGUAAAGACGAUGCUAAUGUUGUUAAAAAUUACUCACAACAUUUGGAGAACUUGGAAGAUCAUGUUAAAACUUUAUCUGGGAAACGAAGCCUUUCACCAUUGUGUCAGCUUUAUAUGUCUUCAAUGAGGCUAUGUUGCUGAUCUGUGUGUAUUAUAUUGGAUCGACUUUAAUGGAAUAAUGGUGUUUUUAUCCAGGGAUUUCCUGGAUUAUAUAUACUGUUCAAUGGGGUUUUGUUUCGUUGUGAUUGCUAGAAGAUACUGUGCAAUUGCUUAUCAAACUGUUUUUGAUAUAACAAUGAUAGCGUGCAGUGGUAAAUAUAUCGUUGAUAGAA